UCCAAUGUCUCGGUGCACUGGUGGAUCUUCGUCUCCCCUCCUUCCUCUGGGAUCUGGUUACUCCCACCUGCUUCUGAGUUGUGCAUGGUCUCUAGAUGCGUUGGGUCUCCAACCUGCAUGGUAGCGUCUUGGAAUUUGGACCAUUGCUGAGGCUUGCACAGGGCUGGCCAGGCACAUCCUCUCCCUCCAACUGCCAGGCCCAACUGAGCAGAGCUGCUCCCUUUUAUAGCGGUACAAUCCGAGCAUGCCCAAUAAGUGCGGCAUCUGAAAAGCCAGAGCCAUGACCACUCACGUCACGCUGGAGGAUGCCCUGUCCAACGUGGACCUGCUGGAGGAACUCCCUCUGCCAGAUCAGCAGCCAUGCAUCGAGCCACCUCCCUCGUCCAUCAUGUACCAGGCUAAUUUUGACACAAACUUUGAAGACAGAAACGCCUUUGUGACCGGCAUUGCCAGGUACAUCGAACAGGCGACGGUGCACUCGAGUAUGAAUGAAAUGCUGGAGGAAGGGCAUGAAUACGCAGUGAUGCUUUACACGUGGAGGAGCUGCUCCAGAGCCAUCCCCCAGGUUAAAUGUAACGAGCAGCCGAACCGGGUGGAGAUUUACGAGAAGACCGUGGAAGUCCUGGAGCCGGAGGUCACCAAGCUGAUGAAGUUCAUGUAUUUCCAGCGAAAGGCCAUCGAGCGGUUCUGCAGCGAGGUGAAGCGCUUGUGCCAUGCCGAGAGGAGGAAGGAUUUUGUCUCCGAGGCCUAUCUCCUGACGCUGGGGAAGUUCAUUAACAUGUUCGCCGUGCUGGAUGAGCUGAAGAACAUGAAGUGCAGCGUCAAAAAUGACCACUCUGCCUACAAAAGAGCUGCCCAGUUUCUGAGGAAGAUGGCUGACCCGCAAUCUAUUCAGGAAUCCCAGAACCUCUCCAUGUUCCUGGCAAACCACAACCGGAUCACACAGUGUCUGCAUCAGCAGCUGGAAGUGAUCCCUGGCUACGAGGAGCUGCUGGCGGAUAUCGUCAACAUCUGCGUGGAUUACUACGAAAACAAGAUGUACCUGACGCCCAGCGAGAAGCACAUGCUCCUGAAGGUGAUGGGCUUUGGACUGUAUCUGAUGGACGGGAAUGUCAGCAACAUUUACAAACUGGACACCAAGAAGAGAAUCAAUCUUAGCAAAAUAGACAAGUUCUUCAAGCUGCAGGUGGUUCCUUUAUUCGGCGAUAUGCAGAUAGAACUGGCCAGAUACAUUAAGACCAGUGCUCACUAUGAGGAGAACAAAUCCAAGUGAGUGCCUGCCGUAAUGUCUCUUGGCUUCCACAUGUCCGGAAAGGGGAGGGAGCUGCCAGGCAUGGCUGGCUCCGUGUGCCCAGGGAGCUGGGUGGCUGGAACGCACAGGAGCGAGCAUGCCAGAAUGGAAGGUCAGGUGUCUGUGCAGGUGUGAGACAGGUAGUGUGUGCGCGUGUGUGUGUAGGAAAGUGAGCACAUGGACACAGAAGUGUGUCUGUGAGGUCAGGUGUCUGUGCGGGUGUGAGACAGGUAGUGCGUGUGUGUGUGCGCCUGGGUAUUGCUCGCAGUCACUGGUGAUUGUGAGUGUGCGUCUGUGUAAGUGUGAAGUCUAGGUACACGAAUGUGGAGGCAUGCAAGGGUGUUGUGCAGCUCUGUGCCCCCGCUUGUGGACUUGCACAGGUGGGCAGCAGCGAAUGCAGGUCUGAAUGUUCACGGGAUGGGGGUGGGGCACGCUGGGGCACCGGCAGGUGUGUGAAUGUGAGUGGUGUGUGCCUGCUCUGGGCAGAUUUUAAUCCACUUUUUUGAUCCGGGUUCAAAAUCCCCCAGAGCAUGGACGCAGCACUGCAUUCUAUCCGUGCAGUAAGCAGGGUUGCUUGUCCAGUACCGUAAGGGGCGGCGGUUUUCAGGCAGGACCCGGAGGAUGAAAGCUGCAGCUACCACUCAAGUCCAUUUGACAUGAAUUUCCUAACGGGGUGAUUCCAUUUUCCCCAGCGCUGUGGGUUUGUGAAAUAGUCUUGGGUCUGGAUUCAAUUCCCAUUUUGCUCUCCCAUGAAACGAGUGCGAAGGUGUCAAUGUAGGUCACGCCCACGAAGUCACACCGGUCUGCAUUGUGGCCAGGCGUUGCUCCAGAGAAAGCCAGAGACAGUUGUGCAGUUGUGGGGGUCCCUGUUUCGAGCUGGGAUCAGGAGGCAUAGAAGCAGUGCCUGGCUAAGGCAUGGGUGGCCCGAGUUCCUGAUAGCCUUCUGGCUUCCCACCAGCUGUAGGGAUUCAUCUGUGAGACCAAAUCAUAGAGAAGCAAUAAAAGACGUGUCUCCGCUUAGCCUUUGAUCAGUCCUAAACCAGCCCUAUCCACUGUGUUCGGCGACCACUCCUGGGUUUUGUGACAUGCAAUUCAAGUCGGCAUAAAGUGAGCUCGGUGCUUCAAACUCAGUUCACUCCAUCCCAAGGAAGUGUCUCUCCAUCCCUCAUUCUUCAAGCUGUCUGGACAAUAUUCAUUGUUUUUGCAAGGAAUUUUGAAACUUAGUGGGUGAGGAUUCAAAAAUUCCCACCAGAACUUUUUUUUUCUUUUUUUUUGGCAAAGAUGUGGGUUUUGAAAAUUUUUGGGGGGGAACAGUUUUUGGUUGGUUGGUACAAGUUUUCACAUUUUGGUUGGCUGGUUUUUCAGUUUUCAGUUUCCCAAAAUCAAUAUUCAGAUUUUGUUAAUGCAAUUUAUCAAUAAUACAGUGGAAAAACGUGACCAAAAUGAAAAUGUUUGUUUUGGUCAAAAAGCCAUUUGUUUUUUUAAAAAAGGUUCAAUGAAAAAUUUCCACCCGCUCUUCUUAUUUUGCCAUCCUAGGGUAUGUCUAUACUGCAACACUAUUUUGGGACACCAGCGUAUCCCAAAACAGCUAUCCCGUGUCUUCACAG